GGAGAAAGGGGAUCCGACAUGGACUAACAAGAAAUGGGGCUCGGACGGGGCCACCGCCAACAGCAAGAGCCCUCACUGUGCGCGCACACCGGGCGGGGCAAGGCAGGCGUGUGAGAAUAACCCCAGUUCCCGGGAGGGAUCUCGCCACUUACACGGAGGAGGGGGGGGACGGUCCUCUUCGAUGCUGCCGGGGACAGAAUCCCAACGUCCUUCUCCCCCUCACCCCCUCCCUAAGAGCUCGGGGCAUAUGAGGGGAAAGAUGAGCAGCUCGGAGCCCCCCGAGGCGGGAGAGACCCGGUGAGCAGGGACAAAAUGAGCGAGGAAGCCCCCCCGGAGGAUGACAGCUACAUUGUGCGUGUGAAGGCGGUGGUUAUGAGCAGGGAUGACUCCAGUGGGGGGUGGCUACCACAUGAAGGAGGCGGACUGAGCCGCGUUGGUGUCUCCAAGGUUUACCCAGAGGGCAGUGGGAGGAGCAAUUUUCUCAUCCAUGGGGAAAGACUGAAUGACAAACUGGUCUUAUUGGAAUGUUAUUUGAAGAAGGACUUGGUCUACUGGAAAGCAACUCCAACAUUUCAUCACUGGUUAGUUGACAACAGGAGGUUUGGCCUCACCUUUCAGAGUCCCGCUGAUGCAAGAGCCUUCGACAGAGGAGUCCGCAAAGCCAUUGAAGACCUCACAGAAGGAUCUACGACUUCUUCUUCCACAAUCCAUAAUGAGGCAGAGCUUGGGGAUGAUGAUGUGUUUGCUACCAGCACUGACAGCUCUUCUAACUCAUCACAGAAGCGAGAGCCCCCAGUGAGGACCAUCGCAUCUCCUUUGCCUGGCGGACAUUGCCGAUACAGCACUCUGAGCAACAUCGAUCUUCCUGGUUUUGAACAUUACCCCACAGAACAAUCAUUGCCUCGGCCUCAUCGACACGUCAGCUUCCCAGAUGAUGAUGAUGAAAUAGUGCGCAUCAAUCCAAGGGAAAGGAACUGGCUCACUGGCUAUGAGGAUUAUCGCCAGGCGCCCAUUCAUCGCAAAUACCCAGAUACUGAGAGCAUUGACUCUUAUGUUCGGUUUGCUAAAAGCGAAUCUACGAAACAUGAUUACAACUACCCAUAUGUAGAUCACACAAACUUUGGCAUAUCCAAAGACCUGAAGACCUCUGUUAUAAACACCCAGCCUUCAAGGUGCUCAUCCAGGAGAAAAGAUGGAGAGAGGUCCAGAUGUAUUUACUGCAGGGAUAUGUUUAACCAUGAUGAAAACCGCCGAGGGCAGUGCCAGGACGCCCCAGAUUCGGUGCGAAACUGCAUCCGCCGCGUUAGCUGCAUGGGAUUUGCAGACUGUGUGCUCUAUCACUGCAUGUCUGACUCAGAAGGGGAUUACACAGACGCUUGUUCUUGUGACACCAGCGAUGAAAAGUUUUGCCUUCGGUGGAUGCUCCUUAUCCCCUUAUCCAUCAUCGCACCGGGCAUGUGCUGUUACCUCCCUCUGCGGGCUUGCUAUAACUGUGGUGUCAUGUGUGGCUGCUGCGGAGGGAAACACAAAGCAGCUGGAUGAUCGCGUGGAAUCCAAGGACUUGUUAAUCUUAUGCAUCUUUCAUGAUCUAUUGGGAAGCGCCUUGACGUGGAACACUCGGUUCCAACCUUUGGGUGCAGCUUGCCCCAACUUGAAAAGCAGUUUUAUUAAGCCACAGUGAAUUCAGCUAAGGUGUCUAACAAACUCAUUUCCAGCUCGGAAAGAUGAAAUGCUAAACCGGUAAGGAGGAGAAGGCAUUUUGAGCGGCUUUAGUUCUUGCCAUUGAAAAUUCAGGUGUAUAGUAUGAAUGUGGAGAAUCUAAAUCUGUCAAGCCUCAACUUGCCUGAAAUGUAUCACCUGUAAAUAGCUUUGGCACUUUCAGAAAUGUGGUAUGUCAACAACACUUCUGCUAAUGGGGGCUCGGAUUGGGUAAAGAUGGAAAUAAAUCCCCCUUAUAAGUAUUUUAA